CGCCCUCUUCCCAAAUGAAGAACACUACAGCUUCACGCUAGACGCUUCCAUUCUCCAUAGCCCGGAGUUACAAGCACGCACGAAAUAAGCAGCACGAAAGUGAGAGGGAGAGAGAGAGAGAGAGAGAGAGAGAGAGAAAAAAAAAAAAAAAAAAAAGAAAAAAAAACUCAAGUAAGCUUUUACGCCUUGUGUAAGAGAGUGGAAGAACACAAAUAAGUUAAGAAGGCGUUUAUAAGGUUUCGGAGGAAAACUUUUCUGGGCUGUGGCAGAAAGAAGUGGACCGCGGAGGAUGCCUCGGCAAAUGUGUUGAAGUUUCAAGAAAAUAAAGGAAGACGGGAGAGUGUUUGAGCUUUAGCCUGGGCAGUUCAGAAAGAACGAGGGCAUACACGGUCCACACUAGGGGACAGGUAAAGAAACACAUUAAGAGAUGGCUGACGAGCAGGAUACAAGAGAAGUACUUUUCUCCCAGUGGAUGGGCCCUGAUAAACAUGGGCUCACCAUAGAGCAAACAAAUCAUGGAGAGAUUUUUGUCAAAGAGGUGAAAGAAGAGUCCACUGCUGCUCAUACUGGAAAAGUUCAUGAAGGUGACCAAAUUGUGGGGGCCACUAUAUACUUUGACAACAUGAGCUCGGAGGAAACGUCUGAGUUACUGAAGACUCUGAACCGACAUAAGGUUGGGCUGAAAUUACAAAACAAGUCUGGAGACAAGUCACCUUGCCGCUCUCCGAUGGGGACAUUGUCAUGGGAAGGACGUGGAGGUUUAGGAGGCUCUAGUUCAGACAUUCUCCUGAGUGGCGAUGAUGAAGACUACAAGAGAAUCUAUACUAAGAAGAUUAAACCCAGACUGAAGUCAGAGGAUCUUGCUGAGGGUGUGGAUGUGCGCACAGAACGUCAUAGCAGCACAAGCAGUGAUGGUUGCACCAUCACUACAAUUACUCGCCGAAUAACUACCUAUACUGUGGACAUGCCUGGGGGGACUGGCGAGCAAAUUGAUUACACAAGUCCUGAUUUCAAAAUUCAGGCCUCACAGCAUGAGCAGUCAGAGGGGGAUUCUGCUCAAAUCAGAUUACCACAUGGUGGCCUUAUUAGCAGUGCACAUGGAGAUAUAAAAAUGGGGGACAUAUCUCUUGGAGGACCCCAUGUCACUGGCUCCUCUAUAAAGUACUGUAGCACCGGAUCUGUCAAAACCACAAGUGAAUUAGAUAGGAGUGAGAGAGAGAUUAGAAUGAAUGUGUCAGACACUGGACUGUUAGAGACAAAAGGACAGGGGGUUAAAGAACAUUCUGGAAGGACAGAAACUGCUACAGGCAGUGGUUGUUUCUCUGAAAAAGUAACCAUGGGAUUAGACAGAGAAGUGGGAAAUAUUUCAGGUACUCCAGUGGAAAUAGAUUCAAGUAUGAUGGGAGGAACUGAGUUUGCUACAGUGCAGGGCCCUGGUUUAGACACUCGUGUUUCUGGUUUUUCUAUUAGUGGGUGGACAGGGGACAGUAACAUAUCUGGUAUCGGCAGAGAAUCUUUGUCUAUUGCGGUUAAGGAUGGGUCUGAUGAUAAAACCAAAUUCUCUAAAUGUAGCAUAGAUGUUCAAGGAUCCAAGGUAAAUAUUAAACACCCUGAAGUUAAAGUUACUCAGAGUUCUGAUUUUGCCAUCCAUGAUGUGGAAGAUAAAGACAAAUUACCAAAGGUUGAAGCUAGUGGAUCAGUUGUUUACACCCUGGAAAGUGGUAGUGGAUUCAAGAUGCCCCACGUAACAUUUGGGACAAAAGAAAAUGCUUCAGCAGAUCCUAAUCUACCAGUACAUUUUAACAAUCAAAGUUUUAAAGAUGCUGGUCAAAAGAGUUUGAACAUAACUGGGGAUCAGGGUGUGUCAGUUCCAAGAGAAACGACUUCAUUUAAUUCAAAGAUGAAAGGGGGUACCUCAGAAGUCACUGUUCAGAAAGUCAAACUUGACACAGAGAGUCAGGGGGAUGGAAUAGAAAUGUCAAAAAUCAAACUGCCCUCAUUUGGAAUCAAAGGAAAACAGGCUCAGGGUCCUGAUAUUGCAGUAAAUCGUCCCAAUGCUGAUGUUGAAAUGACCCCACGAGAGUUGGACAUCAAGGGUCCAGAGCUUGACAUUAAGGGACAUGAACGAGAAAUGAAAGGCUCAAAAUUCAAGGUUCCAUCUAUCUCUGGUCCAAAGAUUUCGAAGCCUGAUGUGGACAUUAAUCUAAAAGUACAAAAACUGAAGGGAGAUUUUGAUGUGUCAGUUCCAAAGGUUGAAGCAGAUAUUUCAGCACCAAAAGUUGAAAUUGAAGGCCCAGACCUUGAGUGUCCUGAGGGUAGUUUAAAGAUGCCAAAGAUCAAAAUGCCCUCAUUCGGCCUCAAGGGUCCAAAAGUUGAGAGUCCUGAUGUGGAUGUAAAAAUCCCUAAAGCUGAUGUGGAGUUAAAGGCUCCAGAUGUUAAUAUCAAGGGUCCAGAGCUUGACAUUGAAGGACCCGAAGGAAAAAUCAAGGGCCCCAAAUUCAAGAUGCCAUCGAUUUCUGGUCCAAAGAUAUCCAUGCCAGAUGUGGACGUCAAUCUGAAAGGGCCAAAACAGAAAGGUGAUGUUAACGUGUCAGUUCCAAAAAUUGAAGGAGAUAUUAAAGCACCAAAAGUUGAAAUUGAAGGCCCAGACCUUGAGUGUCCUGAGGGUGGUUUAAAGAUGCCAAAGAUCAAAAUGCCCUCAUUCGGCCUCAAGGGUCCAAAAGUUGAGAGUCCUGACGUGGAAGUAAAAAUCCCUAAAGCUGAUGUGGAGUUAAAGGCUCCAGAUGUGAAUAUCAAGGGUCCAGAGCUUGACAUUGAAGGACCUGAAGGAAAAAUCAAGGGCCCCAAAUUCAAGAUGCCAUCAAUCUCUGGUCCAAAGAUCUCCAUGCCAGAUGUGGACUUCAAUCUGAAAGGGCCAAAACUGAAAGGAGAUGUUGAUGUGUCAGUUCCAAAAGUGGAAGGAGAUAUUAAAGCACCAAAAGUUGAAAUUGAAGGCCCAGACUUUGAGGGUCCUGAGGGUGGUUUUAAGAUGCCAAAGAUCAAAAUGCCUUCAUUCGGCCUCAAGGGUCCAAAAGUUGAGAGUCCUGAUGUGGAUGUACAAAUCCCUAAAGCUGAUGUUGAGUUAAAGGCUCCAGAUGUGAACAUCAAGGGUUCAGAGCUUGACAUUGAAGGACCUGAAGGAAAUAUCAAGGGCCCCAAAUUCAAGAUGCCAUCAAUCUCUGGUCCGAAGAUCUCCAUGCCAGAUGUGGACUUCAAUCUGAAAGGGCCAAAACUGAAAGGAGAUGUUGAUGUGUCAGUUCCAAAAGUGGAAGGAGAUAUUAAAGCACCAAAAGUUGAAAUUGAAGGCCCAGACCUUGAGGGUCCUGAGGGUGGUUUUAAGAUGCCAAAGAUCAAAAUGCCUUCAUUUGGCCUCAAGGGUCCAAAAGUUGAGGGUCCUGAUGUGGAUGUACAAAUCCCUAAAAAUGAUGUUGAGUUAAAGGCUCCAGAUGUGAAUAUCAAGGGUCCAGAGCUUGACAUUGAAGGACCUGAAGGAAAAAUCAAGGGCCCCAAAUUCAAGAUGCCAUCAAUCUCUGGUCCAAAGAUCUCCAUGCCAGAUGUGGACUUCAAUCUGAAAGGGCCAAAACUGAAAGGAGAUGUUGAUGUGUCAGUUCCAAAAGUGGAAGGAGAUAUUAAAACACCAAAAGUUGAAAUUGAAGGCCCAGACUUUGAGGGUCCUGAGGGUGGUUUUAAGAUGCCAAAGAUCAAAAUGCCUUCAUUCGGCCUCAAGGGUCCAAAAGUUGAGAGUCCUGAUGUGGAUGUACAAAUCCCUAAAGCUGAUGUUGAGUUAAAGGCUCCAGAUGUGAAUAUCAAGGGUUCAGAGCUUGACAUUGAAGGACCUGAAGGAAAUAUCAAGGGCCCCAAAUUCAAGAUGCCAUCAAUCUCUGGUCCAAAGAUCUCCAUGCCAGAUGUGGACUUCAAUCUGAAAGGGCCAAAACAGAAAGGUGAUGUUGACGUGUCAGUUCCAAAAAUUGAAGGAGAUAUUAAAGCACCAAAAGUUGAAAUUGAAGGCCCAGACCUUGAGGGUCUUGAAGGUGGUUUUAAGAUGCCAAAGAUCAAAAUGCCCUCGUUCGGCCACAAGGGUCCAAAAGUUGAGGGUCCUGAUGUGAACGUAAAAACCCCUAAAGCUGAUGUUGAGUUAAAGGCUCCAGAUGUGAAUAUCAAGGGUCCUGAGCUUGACAUUGAAGGACCUGAAGGAAAAAUUAAGGGCUCAAAAUUCAAGAUGCCUUCAAUCUCUGGUCCGAAUAUCUCCAUGCCAGAUGUGGACUUCAAUCUGAAAGGGCCAAAACUAAAAGGUGAUGUUGACGUCUCUGUUCCAAAAGUUGAAGGAGAUAUUAAAGCACCAAAGGUUAAAAUUGAAGGUCCAGACCUUGAGGGUCCUGAGGGUGGUUUUAAAAUGCCAAAGAUCAAAAUGCCCUCAUUCGGCCACAAGGGUCCAAAAGUUGAGGGUCCUGAUGUUGAUGUAAAAAUCCCUAAAGCUGAUGUUGAGUUAAAAGCUCCAGAUGUGAAUAUCAAGGGUCCAGAGCUUGACAUUGAGGGACCUGAAGGAAAAAUCAAGGGCUCCAAAUUCAAGAUGCCAUCAAUCUCUGGUCCGAAGAUCUCCAUGUCAGAUGUAGACUUAAAUUUGAAAGGGCCAAAACUGAAAGGUGAUGUUGACAUGUCAGUUCCAAAAAUUGAAGGAGAUAUUAAAGCACCAAAAGUUGAAAUUGAAGGCCCAGACCUUGAGGAUCCUGAGGGUGGUUUUAAAAUGCCAAAGAUCAAAAUGCCCUCGUUCGGCCUCAAGGGUCCAAAAGUUGAGGGUCCUGAUGUUGAUGUAAAAAUCCCUAAAGCUGAUGUUGAGUUAAAAGCUCCAGAUGUGAAUAUCAAGGGUCCACAGCUUGACAUUGAAGGACCUGAAGGAAAAAUCAAAGGCCCCAAAUUCCAGAUGCCUUCAAUAUCUGGUCCAAAGAUCUCCAUGCCAGAUGUGGACUUCAAUCUGAAAGGGCCAAAACUGAAAGGUGAUGUUGACAUGUACGUUCCAAAAAUUGAAGGAGAUAUUAAAGCACCAAAAGUUGAAAUUGAAGGCCCAGACCUUGAGGGUCCUGAGGGUGGUUUUAAGAUGCCAAAGAUAAAAAUGCCUUCAUUCGGCUUCAAGGGUCCAAAAGUUGAGGGUCCUGAUGUUGAUGUAAAAAUCCCUAAAGCUGAUUUUGAGGUAGAAGCACCAAAUGUUGAUUUCAAGGGUCCUGAGUUUGACAUUGAAGGACCUGAAGGAAAAAUCAAGGGCCCUAAAUUCAAGAUGCCAUCAAUCUCUGGUCCAAAGAUCUCCAUGCCAGAUGUGGACUUCAAUCUGAAAGGGCCAAAACUGAAAGGUGAUGUUGACAUGUCAGUUCCAAAAAUUGAAGGAGAUAUUAAAGCACCAAAAGUUGAAAUUGAAGGCCCAGACCUUGAAGGUCCUGAGGGUGGUUUUAAGAUGCCAAAGAUAAAAAUGCCUUCAUUCGGCUUCAAGGGUCCAAAAGUUGAGGGUCCUGAUGUGGAUGUACAAAUCCCUAAAGCUGAUGUUGAUUUAAAAGCUCCAGAUGUGAAUAUCAAGGCUCCAGAGCUUGACAUUGAAGGACCUGAAGGAAAUAUCAAGGGCCCGAAAUUCAAGAUGCCUUCAAUCUCUGGUCCAAAGAUCUCCAUGCCAGAUGUGGACAUCAAUCUGAAAGGGCCAAAACUGAAAGGUGAUGUUGACAUCUCAGUUCCAAAAGUUGAAGGAGAUAUUAAAGCACCAAAGGUUAAAAUUGAAGGCCCAGACCUUGAGGGUCCUGAUGGUGGUUUUAAGAUGCCAAAGUUCAAAAUGCCAUCAUUCGGCCUCAAGGGUCCAAAAGUUGAGGGUCCUGAUGUUGAUGUAAAAAUCCCUAAAGCUGAUUUUGAAGUAGAAGCACCAGAUUUAGAUAUCAAAGGUCCUGAGCUUGACAUUGAAGGACCUGAAGGAAAAAUCAAGGGCCCGAAAUUCAAGAUGCCUUCAAUCUCUGGUCCAAAAAUCUCCAUGCCAGAUGUGGACUUCAAUCUGAAAGGGCCAAAACUGAAAGGUGAUGUUGAUGUCUCGGUUCCAAAAGUUGAAGGAGAUAUUAAAGCAUCAAAGGUUGAAAUUGAAGGCCCAGACCUAGAAGGUCCUGAGGGUGGUUUUAAGAUGCCAAAGAUCAAAAUGCCCUCAUUCGGCCUCAAGGGUCCAAAAGUUGAGGGUCCUGAUGUUGAUGUAAAAAUCCCUAAAGCUGAUUUUGAUGUAGAAGCACCAAAUGUUGAUUUCAAGGGUCCUGAACUUGACAUUGAAGGACCUGAAGGAAAAAUCAAGGGCCCCAAAUUCAAGAUGCCAUCAAUCUCUGGUCCGAAGAUCUCCAUGCCAGAUAUGGACUUCAAUCUGAAAGGGCCAAAACUGAAAGGUGAUGUUGACGUGUCACUUCCAAAAAUGGAAGGAGAAAUUAAAACACCAAAGGUUGAAAUUGAAGGCCCAGACCUUGAAGGUCCUGAGGGUGGUUUUAAGAUGCCAAAGAUCAAAAUGCCCUCAUUUGGCCUCAAGGGUCCAAAAGUUGAGGGUCCUGAUAUUGAUGUAAAAAUCCCUAAAGCUGAUUUUGAGGUAGAAGCACCAAAUGUUGAUUUCAAGGCUCCAGAACUUGACAUUGAAGGACCUGAAGGAAAAAUCAAGGGCCCGAAAUUCAAGAUGCCUUCAAUAUCUGGUCCAAAGAUCUCCAUGCCAGAUGUGGACUUCAAUCUGAAAGGGCCAAAACUGAAAGGUGAUGUUGACAUCUCAGUUCCAAAAGUGGAAGGAGAUAUUAAAGCACCAAAGGUUAAAAUUGAAGGCCCAGAUCUUGAGGGUCAUGAGGGUGGUUUAAAAAUGCCAAAGUUCAAAAUGCCGUCAUUCGGCCUCAAGGGUCCAAAAGUUGAGGGUCCUGAUGUUGAUGUAAAAAUCCCUAAAGCUGAUUUUGAAGGAAAAGCACCAGAUUUAGAUAUCAAAGGUCCUGAGCUUGACAUUGAAGGACCUGAAGGAAAAAUCAAGGGCCCCAAAUUCAAGAUGCCUUCAGUCUCUGGUCCAAAAAUCUCCAUGCCAGAUGUGGACUUCAAUCUGAAAGGGCCAAAACUGAAAGGUGAUGUUGACGUGUCACUUCCAAAAAUGGAAGGAGAAAUUAAAACACCAAAGGUUGAAAUUGAAGGCCCAGACCUUGAAGGUCCUGAGGGUGGUUUUAAGAUGCCAAAGAUCAAAAUGCCCUCAUUCGGCCUCAAGGGUCCAAAAGUUGAGGGUCCUGAUGUUGAUGUAAAAAUCCCUAAAGCUGAUUUUGAGGUAGAAGCACCAAAUGUUGAUUUCAAGGCUCCAGAGCUUGACAUUGAAGGACCUGAAGGAAAAAUCAAGGGCCCCAAAUUCAAGAUGCCUUCAAUCUCUGGUCCAAAGAUCUCCAUGCCAGAUGUGGACUUCAAUCUGAAAGGGCCAAAACUGAAAGGUGAUGUUGACAUCUCAGUUCCAAAAGUGGAAGGAGAUAUUAAAGCACCAAAGGUUAAAAUUGAAGGCCCAGAUCUUGAGGGUCAUGAGGGUGGUUUAAAAAUGCCAAAGUUCAAAAUGCCGUCAUUCGGCCUCAAGGGUCCAAAAGUUGAGGGUCCUGAUGUUGAUGUAAAAAUCCCUAAAGCUGAUUUUGAAGUAAAAGCACCAGAUUUAGAUAUCAAAGGUCCUGAGCUUGACAUUGAAGGACCUGAAGGAAAAAUCAAGGGCCCCAAAUUUAAGAUGCCUUCAAUCUCUGGUCCAAAAAUCUCCAUGCCAGAUGUGGACUUCAAUCUGAAAGGGCCAAAACUGAAAGGUGAUGUUGAUGUCUCGGUUCCAAAAGUGGAAGGAGAUAUUAAAACAGCAAAGGUUGAAAUUGAAGGCCCAGACCUUGAAGGUCCUGAGGGUGGUUUUAAGAUGCCAAAGAUCAAAAUGCCCUCAUUCGGCCUCAAGGGUCCAAAAGUUGAGGGUCCUGAUGUUGAUGUAAAAAUCCCUAAAGCUGAUUUUGAUGUAGAAGCACCAAAUGUUGAUUUCAAGGGUCCAGAACUUGACAUUGAAGGACCUGAAGGAAAAAUCAAGGGCCCCAAAUUCAAGAUGCCAUCAAUCUCUGGUCCGAAGAUCUCCAUGCCAGAUAUGGACUUCAAUCUGAAAGGGCCAAAACUGAAAGGUGAUGUUGAUGUGUCACUUCCAAAAAUGGAAGGAGAAAUUAAAACACCAAAGGUUGAAAUUGAAGGCCCAGACCUUGAAGGUCCUGAGGGUGGUUUUAAGAUGCCAAAGAUCAAAAUGCCCUCAUUCGGCCUCAAGGGUCCAAAAGUUGAGGGUCCUGAUGUUGAUGUAAAAAUCCCUAAAGCUGAUUUUGAUGUAGAAGCACCAAAUGUUGAUUUCAAGGGUCCUGAACUUGACAUUGAAGGACCUGAAGGAAAAAUCAAGGGCCCCAAAUUCAAGAUGCCAUCAAUCUCGGGUCCGAAGAUCUCCAUGCCAGAUAUGGACUUCAAUCUGAAAGGGCCAAAACUGAAAGGUGAUGUUGACGUGUCAGUUCCAAAAAUGGAAGGAGAAAUUAAAACACCAAAGGUUGAAAUUGAAGGCCCAGACCUUGAAGGUCCUGAGGGUGGUUUUAAGAUGCCAAAGAUCAAAAUGCCCUCAUUCGGCCUCAAGGGUCCAAAAGUUGAGGGUCCUGAUGUUGAUGUAAAAAUCCCUAAAGCUGAUUUUGAGGUAGAAGCACCAAAUGUUGAUUUCAAGACUCCAGAGCUUGACAUUGAAGGACCUGAAGGAAAAAUCAAGGGCCCCAAAUUCAAGAUGCCUUCAAUCUCUGGUCCAAAGAUCUCCAUGCCAGAUGUGGACUUCAAUCUGAAAGGGCCAAAACUGAAAGGUGAUGUUGACAUCUCAGUUCCAAAAGUGGAAGGAGAUAUUAAAGCACCAAAGGUUAAAAUUGAAGGCCCAGAUCUUGAGGGUCAUGAGGGUGGUUUUAAAAUGCCAAAGUUCAAAAUGCCCUCAUUCGGCCUCAAGGGUCCAAAAGUUGAGGGUCCUGAUAUUGAUGUAAAAAUCCCUAAAGCUGAUUUUGAAGUAGAAGCACCAGAUUUAGAUAUCAAAGGUCCUGAGCUUGACAUUGAAGGACCUGAAGGAAAAAUCAAGGGCCCCAAAUUCAAGAUGCCUUCAAUCUCUGGUCCAAAAAUCUCCAUGCCAGAUGUGGACUUCAAUCUGAAAGGGCCAAAACUGAAAGGUGAUGUUGAUGUCUCGGUUCCAAAAGUUGAAGGAGAUAUUAAAACUGCAAAGGUUGAAAUUGAAGGCCCAGACCUUGAAGGUCCUGAGGGUGGUUUUAAGAUGCCAAAGAUCAAAAUGCCCUCAUUCGGCCUCAAGGGUCCAAAAGUUGAGGGUCCUGAUGUUGAUGUAAAAAUCCCUAAAGCUGAUUUUGAUGUAGAAGCACCAAAUGUUGAUUUCAAGGGUCCUGAACUUGACAUUGAAGGACCUGAAGGAAAAAUCAAGGGCCCCAAAUUCAAGAUGCCAUCAAUCUCGGGUCCGAAGAUCUCCAUGCCAGAUAUGGACUUCAAUCUGAAAGGGCCAAAACUGAAAGGUGAUGUUGACGUGUCAGUUCCAAAAAUGGAAGGAGAAAUUAAAACACCAAAGGUUGAAAUUGAAGGCCCAGACCUUGAAGGUUCUGAGGGUGGUUUUAAGAUGCCAAAGAUCAAAAUGCCCUCAUUUGGCCUCAAGGGUCCAAAAGUUGAGGGUCCUGAUGUUGAUGUAAAAAUCCCUAAAGCUGAUUUUGAGGUAGAAGCACCAAAUGUUGAUUUCAAGACUCCAGAGCUUGACAUUGAAGGACCUGAAGGAAAAAUCAAGGGCCCCAAAUUCAAGAUGCCUUCAAUCUCUGGUCCAAGGAUCUCCAUGCCAGAUGUGGACUUCAAUCUGAAAGGGCCAAAACUGAAAGGUGAUGUUGACAUCUCAGUUCCAAAAGUGGAAGGAGAUUUUAAAGCACCAAAGGUUAAAAUUGAAGGCCCAGACCUUGAGGGUCAUGAGGGUGGUUUUAAAAUGCCAAAGUUCAAAAUGCCAUCAUUUGGCCUCAAGGGUCCAAAAGUUGAGGGUCCUGAUGUUGAUGUAAAAAUCCCUAAAGCUGAUUUUGAAGUAGAAGCACCAGAUUUAGAUAUCAAAGGUCCUGAGCUUGACAUUGAAGGACCUGAAGGAAAAAUCAAGGGCCCCAAAUUCAAGAUGCCUUCAAUCUCUGGUCCAAAAAUCUCCAUGCCAGAUGUGGACUUCAAUCUGAAAGGGCCAAAACUGAAAGGUGAUGUUGAUGUCUCGGUUCCAAAAGUUGAAGGAGAUAUUAAAGCACCAAAGGUUGAAAUUGAAGGCCCAGACCUUGAAGGUCCUGAGGGUGGUUUUAAGAUGCCAAAGAUCAAAAUGCCCUCAUUCGGCCUCAAGGGUCCAAAAGUUGAGGGUCCUGAUGUUGAUGUAAAAAUCCCUAAAGCUGAUUUUGACGUAGAAGCUCCAAAUGUUGAUUUCAAGGGUCCAGAACUUGACAUUGAAGGACCUGAAGGAAAAAUCAAGGGCCCCAAAUUCAAGAUGCCAUCAAUCUCUGGUCCGAAGAUCUCCAUGCCAGAUAUGGACUUCAAUCUGAAAGGGCCAAAACUGAAAGGUGAUGUUGACGUGUCACUUCCAAAAAUGGAAGGAGAAAUUAAAACACCAAAGGUUGAAAUUGAAGGCCCAGACCUUGAAGGUCCUGAGGGUGGUUUUAAGAUGCCAAAGGUCAAAAUGCCCUCAUUCGGCCUCAAGGGUCCAAAAGUUGAGGGUCCUGAUGUUGAUGUAAAAAUCCCUAAAGCUGAUUUUGAGGUAGAAGCACCAAAUGUUGAUUUCAAGGCUCCAGAACUUGACAUUGAAGGAACUGAAGGAAAAAUCAAGGGCCCGAAAUUCAAGAUGCCUUCAAUCUCUGGUCCAAAGAUCUCCAUGCCAGAUGUGGACUUCAAUCUGAAAGGGCCAAAACUGAAAGGUGAUGUUGACAUCUCAGUUCCAAAAGUGGAAGGAGAUAUUAAAACACCAAAGGUUAAAAUUGAAGGCCCAGAUCUUGAGGGUCAUGAGGGUGGUUUUAAAAUGCCAAAGUUCAAAAUGCCGUCAUUCGGCCUCAAGGGUCCAAAAGUUGAGGGUCCUGAUAUUGAUGUAAAAAUCCCUAAAGCUGAUUUUGAAGUAGAAGCACCAGAUUUAGAUAUCAAAGGUCCUGAGUUUGACAUUGAAGGACCUGAAGGAAAAAUCAAGGGCCCCAAAUUCAAGAUGCCUUCAAUCUCUGGUCCAAAAAUCUCCAUGCCAGAUGUGGACUUCAAUCUGAAAGGGCCAAAACUGAAAGGCGAUGUUGAUGUCUCGGUUCCAAAAGUUGAAGGAGAUAUUAAAGCACCAAAGGUUGAAAUUGAAGUCCCAGACCUUGAAGGUCCUGAGGGUGGUUUUAAGAUGCCUAAGAUCAAAAUGCCCUCAUUCGGCCUCAAGGGUCCAAAAGUUGAGGGUCCUGAUGUUGAUGUAAAAAUCCCUAAAGCUGAUUUUGAUGUAGAAGCACCAAAUGUUGAUUUCAAGGGUCCUGAACUUGACAUUGAAGGACCUGAAGGAAAAAUCAAGGGCCCCAAAUUCAAGAUGCCAUCAAUCUCUGGUCCGAAGAUCUCCAUGCCAGAUGUGGACUUCAAUCUGAAAGGGCCAAAACUGAAAGGUGAUGUUGACAUGUCACUUCCAAAAAUGGAAGGAGAAAUUAAAACACCAAAGGUUGAAAUUGAAGGCCCAGACCUUGAAGGUCCUGAGGGUGGUUUUAAGAUGCCAAAAGUCAAAAUGCCGUCAUUCGGCCUCAAGGGUCCAAAAGUUGAGGGUCCUGAUGUUGAUGUAAAAAUCCCUAAAGCUGAUUUUGAGGUAGAAGCACCAAAUGUUGAUUUCAAGGCUCCAGAGCUUGACAUUGAAGGACCUGAAGGAAAAAUCAAGGGCCCGAAAUUCAAGAUGCCUUCAAUCUCUGGUCCGAAGAUCUCCAUGCCAGAUGUGGACUUCAAUCUGAAAGGGCCAAAACUGAAAGGUGAUGUUGACAUCUCAGUUCCAAAAGUGGAAGGAGAUAUUAAAGCACCAAAGGUUAAAAUUGAAGGCCCAGAUCUUGAGGGUCAUGAGGGUGGUUUUAAAAUGCCAAAGUUCAAAAUGCCGUCAUUCGGCCUCAAGGGUCCAAAAGUUGAGGGUCCUGAUGUUGAUGUAAAAAUCCCUAAAGCUGAUUUUGAAGUAGAAACACCAGAUUUAGAUAUCAAAGGUCCUGAGCUUGACAUUGAAGGACCUGAAGGAAAAAUCAAGGGCCCCAAAUUCAAGAUGCCUUCAAUCUCUGGUCCAAAAAUCUCCAUGCCAGAUGUGGACUUCAACCUGAAAGGGCCAAAACUGAAAGGUGAUGUUGAUGUCUCUGUUCCAAAAGUUGAAGGAGAUAUUAAAGCACCAAAGGUUAAAAUUGAAGGGCCAGACCUUGAAGGUCCUGAUGGUGGUUUUAAGAUGCCAAAGAUGAAAAUGCCAUCAUUCGGAAUUAAGGGUCCAAAAGUUGAAGGUCCUGAUGUUGAUGUAAAAAUCCCUAAAGCUGAUUUUGAAGUAGAAGCACCAAAUGUUGAUUUCAAGGGUCCUGAUCUUGACAUUGAAGGACCUGAAGGAAAAGUCAAGGGCCCCAAAUUCAAGAUGCCUUCUAUCUCUGGCCCAAAGAUCUCCAUGCCAGAUGUGGACUUCAAUCUGAAAGGUCCAAAACUGAAAGGUGAUGUUGACGUGUCACUUCCAAAAAUGGAAGGAGAAAUUAAAACACCAAAGGUUGAAAUUGAAGGCCUAGACCUUGAAGGUCCUGAGGGUGGUUUUAAAAUGCCAAAGUUCAAAAUGCCCUCAUUCGGCCUCAAGGGUCCAAAAUUUGAGGGUCCUGAUGUUGAUGUAAAAAUCCCUAAAGCUGAUUUUGAAGUAGAAACACCAGAUUUAGAUAUCAAAGGUCCUGAGCUUGACAUUGAAGGACCUGAAGGAAAAAUCAAGGGCCCCAAAUUCAAGAUGCCUUCAAUCUCUGGUCCAAAGAUCUCCAUGCCAGAUGUGGACUUCAAUCUGAAAGGGCCAAAACUGAAAGGUGAUGUUGACGUCUCAGUUCCAAAAAUGGAAGGAGAAAUUAAAACACCAAAGGUUGAAAUUGAAGGCCCAGACCUUGAAGGUCCUGAGGGUGGUUUUAAGAUGCCAAAGAUCAAAAUGCCCUCAUUUGGCCUCAAGGGUCCAAAAGUUGAGGGUCCUGAUGUUGAUGUGAAAAUCCCUAAAGCUGAUUUUGAGGUAGAAGCACCAAAUGUUGAUUUCAAGGGUCCUGAGAUUGACAUUGAAGGACCUGAAGGAAAAAUCAAGGGCCCGAAAUUCAAGAUGCCUUCAAUCUCUGGUCCGAAGAUCUCCAUGCCAGAUGUGGACUUCAAUCUGAAAGGGCCAAAACUGAAAGGUGAUGUUGAUGUCUCGGUUCCAAAAGUUGAAGGAGAUAUUAAAGCACCAAAGGUUGAAAUUGAAGGCCCAGACCUUGAAGGUCCUGAGGGUGGUUUUAAGAUGCCAAAGAUCAAAAUGCCCUCAUUUGGCCUCAAGGGUCCAAAAGUUGAGGGUCCUGAUGUUGAUGUGAAAAUCCCUAAAGCUGAUUUUGAGGUAGAAGCACCAAAUGUUGAUUUCAAGGGUCCUGAGAUUGACAUUGAAGGACCUGAAGGAAAAAUCAAGGGCCCCAAAUUCAAGAUGCCUUCAAUCUCUGGUCCAAAGAUCUCCAUGCCAGAUGUGGACUUCAAUCUGAAAGGGCCAAAACUGAAAGGUGAUGUUGAUGUCUCGGUUCCAAAAGUUGAAGGAGAUAUUAAAGCACCAAAGGUUGAAAUUGAAGGCCCAGACCUUGAAGGUCCUGAGGGUGGUUUUAAGAUGCCAAAGAUCAAAAUGCCCUCAUUUGGCCUCAAGGGUCCAAAAGUUGAGGGUCCUGAUGUUGAUGUGAAAAUCCCUAAAGCUGAUUUUGAGGUAGAAGCACCAAAUGUUGAUUUCAUGGGUCCUGAGAUUGACAUUGAAGGACCUGAAGGAAAAAUCAAGGGCCCCAAAUUCAAGAUGCCUUCAAUCUCUGGUCCAAAGAUCUCCAUGCCAGAUAUGGACUUCAAUCUGAAAGGGCCAAAACUGAAAGGUGAUUUUGAUGUGACAGUUCCAAAGAUUGAAGGAGAUAUUAAAGCACCAAAGGUUGAAAUUGAAGGCCCAGACAUUGAAGGUCUUGAUGUUGGUUUUAAGAUGCCAAAGAUCAAAAUGCCCUCAUUUGGAAUGAAGGGUUCAAAAUUAGAGGGUCCUGACAUUGAUGUUAGUCUCAAAAGUCCCAAAACUGAAAUGACAAUUAACUCACCGGAUAUGGAUAUCAAGGGUCCAGAUCUUGACCUAGAGGGACCUGAAGGAAAUAUCAAGGGCCCCAAAUUCAAGAUGCCAUCAAUCUCUGGUCCUAAAUUUUCUAUGCCAGAUGUGGAUAUCAACCUUAAAACACCUAAUCUGAAAGGGGAUGUCAGUCUUGUGGGUCCCGAUUUAAAAGGCGUUGAUAUUCAAGCUUCAAAUGUAGACUUUGACAGCCACAAUGUUGAAUUGGAUGUUCCAGAGACAAGUGUGAAAAAAUCUAAGUUCAAAAUGCCGAAGUUUGGAUUUAGAGGGCCAAAGAUUGAAGCCCCUGAUGUUGAUGUCUCAGCACCUAAUAUCAAAGCAAAAGGAUCCAAGUUUAAAAUGGCAUCAACAUCUGGUCCAAAGGUUUCCUUACCUGAUGUAGACCUCAACUUAAAGGGACCAAAAGUCAAAGCUCAAGCUGGAGUCAGUGUGGAUGGUGAGGUCAAUGUACCAAAAAUGGAAGUUGAUACUCAAGAGGGGGGGUUUAAGAUGCCAAAAUUUAAAAUGCCAAAAUUUGGAUUUAAGUCACCCAAAGGAAAUAUGCCUAACAUUGAUGUUAGUGUACCUGCCAGUGAUGUCAGUAUAAAAUCCCCAGACAUAGACAUCAACUCUCCUGAUCUUGAAAUUGAGGGACCUGAGGGAAAAAUCAAGGUUCCCAAGUUCAAAAUGCCUUCUUUAUCUGGUCCAAAAAUCUCUAUGCCAGAGGUAGAUUUUAACCUAAAAAGUCCCAAAGUCAAGGGUGAUAUGGAUGUUUCUGGAUUGAAUAUUGAAGGAGGCAUAAAGACUCCAAAAGUCAACAUUGAAGGUCCUGAUGUUAAUCUAGAGGGACUUGAAGGUGGUUUAAAGAUGCCAAAAAUAAAAAUGCCAUCAUUUGGACUCAAAGGUCCUAAAGUUGAGGGCCCAGAUGUUGAUGUAAAUCUGCCGAAAGCUGAUGUUGACAUCAAAGGACCUGAAUUUGACAUCAAAACACCUGAUCUUGACAUUGAGGGACCAGAGGGAAAAAUCAAGGGUCCCAAGUUCAAAAUGCCUACCAUAUCUGGUCCAAAAAUCUCUAUGCCAGAUGUAAACCUAAAUCUUAAAGGCCCCAAAGUCAAGGGUGAUAUGGAUGUUUCUGUACCAAAGAUGGAAGGUGACAUUAAGGCUCCAAAAGUAGACAUUGAAGGUCCUGAUGUUAACAUAGAGGGUCCUGAAGGUGGCUUCAAGAUGCCGAAAAUAAAAAUGCCAACAUUUGGACUCAAAGGUCCUAAAGUUGAGGGCCCAGAUGUUGAUGUAAAUCUGCCGAAAGCUGAUGUUGACAUCAAAGGACCUGAAUUUGACAUCAAAACACCUGAUCUUGACAUUGAGGGACCAGAGGGAAAAAUCAAGGGUCCCAAGUUCAAAAUGCCUACCAUAUCUGGUCCAAAGAUCUCUAUGCCAGAUGUAAACCUAAAUCUUAAAGGCCCCAAAGUCAAGGGUGAUAUGGAUGUUUCUUUACCAAAGAUAGAAGGUGACAUUAAGGCUCCAAAAGUAGACAUUGAAGGUCCUGAUGUUAACAUUGAGGGUCUUGAAGGUGGCCUCAAGAUGCCAAAAAUAAAAAUGCCAUCAUUUGGACUCAAGGGUCCUAAAGUUGAGGGCCCAGAUGUUGAUGUAAAUCUGCCGAAAGCUGAUGUUGACAUCAAAGGACCUGAAUUUGACAUCAGAACACCUGAUCUUGACAUUGAGGGACCAGAGGGAAAAAUCAAGGGUCCCAAGUUCAAAAUGCCUACCAUAUCUGGUCCAAAGAUCUCUAUGCCAGAUGUAAACCUAAAUCUUAAAGGCCCCAAAGUCAAGGGUGAUAUGGAUGUUUCUAUACCAAAGGUAGAAGGUGACAUUAAGGCUCCAAAGGUAGACAUUGAAGGUCCUGAUGUAAAUAUGGAGGGUCCUGAAGGUGGCUUCAAGAUGCCGAAAAUAAAAAUGCCAUCAUUUGGACUCAAGGGUCCUAAAGUUGAGGGCCCAGAUGUUGAUGUAAAUCUGCCGAAAACUGAUGUUGACAUCAAAGGACCUGAGUUUGACAUCAAAAUGCCUGAUCUUGACAUUGAGGGACCAGAGGGGAAAAUCAAGGGUCCCAAGUUCAAAAUGCCUACCAUAUCUGGCCCAAAGAUCUCUAUGCCAGAUGUAAACCUAAAUCUUAAAGGCCCCAAAGUCAAGGGUGAUAUGGAUGUUUCUGUACCAAAGAUAGAAGGUGACAUUAAGGCUCCAAAAGUAGACAUUGAAGGUCCUGAUGUUAAUAUAGAGGGUCCUGAAGGUGGCUUCAAGAUGCCAAAAAUAAAAAUGCCAUCAUUUGGACUCAAGGGUCCUAAAGUUGAGGGCCCAGAUGUUGAUGUAAAUCUGCCGAAAGCUGAUGUUGACAUCAAAGGACCUGAAUUUGACAUCAAAACGCCUGAUCUUGACAUUGAGGGACCAGAGGGAAAAAUCAAGGGUCCCAAGUUCAAAAUGCCUACCAUAUCUGGUCCAAAGAUCUCUAUGCCAGAUGUAAACCUAAAUCUUAAAGGCCCCAAAGUCAAGGGUGCUAUGGAUGUUUCUAUACCAAAGGUAGAAGGUGACAUUAAGGCUCCAAAGGUAGACAUUGAAGGUCCUGUUGUUAACAUAGAGGGUCCUGAAGGUGGCUUCAAGAUGCCGAAAAUAAAAAUGCCAACAUUUGGACUCAAAGGUCCUAAAGUUGAGGGCCCAGAUGUUGAUGUAAAUCUGCCGAAAGCUGAUGUUGACAUCAAAGGACCUGAAUUUGACAUCAAAACACCUGAUCUUGACAUUGAGGGACCAGAGGGAAAAAUCAAGGGUCCCAAGUUCAAAAUGCCUACCAUAUCUGGUCCAAAGAUCUCUAUGCCAGAUGUAAACUUAAAUCUUAAAGGCCCCAAAGUCAAGGGUGAUAUGGAUGUUUCUGUACCAAAGAUAGAAGGUGACAUUAAGGCUCCAAAAGUAGACAUUGAAGGUCCUGAUGUUAACAUUGAGGGUCUUGAAGGUGGCCUCAAGAUGCCGAAAAUAAAAAUGCCAUCAUUUGGACUCAAGGGUCCUAAAGUUGAGGGCCCAGAUGUUGAUGUAAAUCUGCCGAAAGCUGAUGUUGACAUCAAAGGACCUGAAUUUGACAUCAAAACGCCUGAUCUUGACAUUGAGGGACCAGAGGGAAAAAUCAAGGGUCCCAAGUUCAAAAUGCCUACCAUAUCUGGUCCAAAGAUCUCUAUGCCAGAUGUUAACCUAAAUCUUAAAGGCCCCAAAGUCAAGGGUGAUAUGGAUGUUUCUAUACCAAAGGUAGAAGGUGACAUUAAGGCUCCAAAAGUAGACAUUGAAGGUCCUGAUGUAAAUAUGGAGGGUCCUGAAGGUGGCUUCAGGAUGCCGAAAAUAAAAAUGCCAUCAUUUGGACUCAAAGGUCCUAAAGUUGAGGGCCCAGAUGUUGAUGUAAAUCUGCCGAAAGCUGAUGUUGACAUCAAAAGACCUGAAUUUGACAUCAAAAUGCCUGAUCUUGAUAUUGAGGAACCAGAGGGAAAAAUCAAGGGUCCCAAGUUCAAAAUGCCUUCCAUGUCUGGGCCAAAGAUCUCUUUGCCAGAUGUAGACUUUAACUUAAAAAGUCCCAAAGUCAAGGGUGAUAUGGAUGUUUCUGGACCAAAGACUGAAGGAGACAUCAGAUUUACAGAGGUUGAUGUAAAUUUGCCAAAAGCUGAUGUUGACAUCAGAGGACCUGAAAUUGACAUAGAAACUCUUGAUCUUGACUUAGAGAAACCAGAGGGCAGUUUAAAAUCUGUUAAAUUCCCAAAAUUCAAAGGUCCCAGCUUUGGAAUAAAGCCUUCAGGUGGUAGUCUUUCAGUACCUGAAAAACAUAUGGAAGGAAGCUUUAAUGUCAAAAGCCCUGAUGUUGGCAUAAGCGGACCAGAUGCAAACAUCAAAGUGCAAAAAACUAAAAAAUCUAAAUUUACUUUUGGAGGAAAGAGCCCAAAAUUUGACACCGAUAUUCCUGAUGCUAGUGGUAGCUUAGAUGAGCCUGAUUUGAGUGUAGAUGUGAAAGGAAAGAAGGGUAAAUUUAAAGUAGCUAAAGUAAAAGGGAAGUCGAAAACCGAAAAUAUUAAUUUGGAGACAAGUGAACCUGACUCGCAAUUUAAGUCAACCAAAGUAAAGAAACCUCGUUUUGGAAAGCUUUAUUUCCCUGAUGUGGAAUUGGACAUCAAAUCUCCAAAAGUUAAAGGUAGUUCUUCAGUGUCUGGAACUAUUAAAUCAUCUGAUGUUGAUUUGCCAUCUGCAAGCCUUAAAACGGAUAUCCAAGGUGUUGAUAUUCAGACUCCAGAUACUUGUUUGGAGAGCCCCGAUAUCAAAGCAAAAGGGGGAAAAAUCAAAAUGCCAAAAUUCAAUAUCUCAGGAUCUAAAUUAAAAACUCCUGAUCUGGAUGUUAGAGGCAUAACGGUAGAUACACCAGAAAAGAGUGUCAGCUUGCAUGCCCCAGAUGUCAGUGUAGGGGGAUCCGGCAUUAAUGGAAAGGGUAGUGCUAAAGUUGAUGUUGAAGGAAGAAUACAGGAUGUUGAUUUGACAAUGCCAUCUGUCCAUGGAGGUGUCUUAGAUGCUGAUUUAAAUCUCACUAAACAAAAGGCUCUAAAAGGGAACAUUGAAAUGUCACACUUAAAUGUAGGACAACAGCGAGAGAUUACAGGUGGGUUUGGAAUAAGAUCAGAUGAAUCAGUAUCUGGUGUGAUGGAGUACCAAGAAGGUAAUGUAACAUUUCCUAAAAUCAAAGUACCAAAGUUUGGUGUUGCAUUGCCUAAAGUGGAAGGAAGAGAGAUGGGAGUAGAUGUAGGUUCAGGAGAAUUGGCUAGUAGUGGUAGAGUUAGUUCCCAGAGUCUGGAAAUGCACAAUAAAGAUGUGAAAAAUAGUGGUGGAAAAGUGAAAGUCAAGAUGCCAAAGCUGUUUGGCAAAUCUAAAUCAAAAGGUGGCAGUGAAGCUGAUCUUGCUGUUCAGGGAGAAGACACUGAUUUUACCAUUAAAGGUGGUGCAAAGGUAUCUAAAGAGUUGAGUCUUAGUCAUGGGGAAUUAGCAAGUGGCAAGAUGGCAGUACAAGGAGGUUCUGGAUUUAAAGUUUCACCAAAAAGUAAAUCUGCCUCCCUUGAUUUCUUCAAAAUAUCACGACAUCGCUCAUCCUCAAUGAGUGAUGAAGGAGGUUUAGCUUCUCCUGUUUCUACUGAGGGGCACUUACAGGCAGAGUGUGGCAACAUUUCACUAGAUGCUGGAGAAACAAAGGUUAAAGCCAAAAAAGGAAAGAAGUUUGCCACAAUUGGAGGUUUUGGCUCAAAAAGUAAGGGUUCAUAUGAAGUGACACUUGGAGAUGAAAGUGAGACUAGGACUGAGGCUGCUGGUGGAAUUGCUCUGCCUUUAAAGAAGUCCAGAAUGUCAUCAUCCUCUAGCAGUGAUAGUGGUUCAAGAGGUAGUUUUCGGUUACCGCAGCUUGAAAUAGCAGUUUCACCUAAGAAAUAAUUAUUUUUCACACUAGUAUCUAUGCACAGUUCAUUUACAUAAUUUCAUUUAAAUCUAGACAGUAUCAUGUAAAUAUGUAGUUCAUUUAAACAAUAGUGCACAGUCAUACAGACUUCUGUGAUUUUUCAGUUCCCUGAAAUGUUCUUUACAGGCAUUGAUGUCAAGUUGUUUUUUUUGUUUGUUUUUUUUAUCACAAUUUACCUGUAAAUAAGAUGAAUCUGUAUUGUAAUUUUAAAUUUUACUUUUUGUAGAUAGAAAAAAGAAUCCAGUCCAACAAUUUGUUUAAUUAAAUUAAAAUUAAAAGCUAAUCUAGCUAAAGUCUAGCUUUUCAUUUUCAUCUGAUAUCUUGUUAUAUUUUGUACCUUUUGAAAGUUUUUGGGAAAUGGUUUGAAAAGUGUUUGAAAUAUUCUAAAGAUUGUCUGGACACAUUUACACUCAGCAAGAGGAAUGCUUUUAGUUACAUUUGAAAGGAUGUUAUGACUAUAAAGCUUCAGUUAUAUAAUCAGUGCUGUUAUCUUAUUAACUCAUCACAGUUAAAUAACUCAUUUCAAUAGUAAUAGACCAGAUAGCAUUAAUAAGCACAUUGUUUUUAAAGGGGCUGUACAAACUGUAAAUAAAUUGAUUCAAAUUAGAUGGGAUGUCAUAACUUUGUGUUCCAAAUAAUACCACAGUUCAAAUAGUCUAUUGUAAUGGAUUUUACACAGAGAUUAUAAUCUUCUAAAGUAUUUAUAUCUAAAACUGUCUUUUUCAAUGGUUAAUUAAAUGAGAACCUCUUAAAAAUGCACCAAGGAGCAGCUGGCAAAGCUGUGACUUGCUAUGAUUUAAAUGGUUUCUAAGGCUUUUUUUUUUUUUUUUUUACUUAUGUCUUACACAUUUCUUAAGUUGAAUAUCUCUCUUCCUCUUAUUAAAUUUCAGUUUGACAUAUUGUGCUGCAAUGUGGUGAUAUAACUACAGGAAUGCAAUGCCAGUGGUUAAAAACAUAAAAUUGUUUAAAAGGCAUAACAUGUUCAUUGCUAGUGUAAAUAAUGGGACAUUUAGACUGCAAAGUUUCUGACUUUUUAAAUGUUUUUUCCCCCUUGUGUCAGUUGAAAAUCAAUUAAUAAAGAAUUCAGUUAUCAGUACAA